AUGCGCCAGAGGCAAUGGGUAGAGUUGUUGAAUGACUAUGACUGUGAAAUCAAGUACUACCCGGGCAAAGAAAAUGUUGUGGCGGAUGCUUUGAGCCGGAAAGAGCGAGUCAAAACCUUACGAGUACGAGCUUUAGAGUUAACCAUUCAGACGAACUUCACUAGUCGUGUGCACGAUGCACAACUAGAGGCUCUAAAGCCGGAGAACAUCCAAGCAGAAUCCUUGCGAGGAUUAGAGAAACAAAUGGAAGAGAACAAAGAUGGCACAAGGUACUUCAGGGGAAUAAUCUGGAUUCCUUACUUUGACGGAUUGCGAGACUUACUGUUGGAUGAAGCACAUAAGUCGAAAUAUUCAAUACAUUCCGGACCUGAUAAGAUGUAUCAGGAUGUAAAGGAAUAUUACUAG